AUGUUGCGAUCCCCAACCACAACUUACUCUUCAAGCCCAAAUUUAAUGUGUGAAUCAGAGCAGAAUCCAACAACACAAAGAAAGCGAAAGCAGCCUAAUUGUGAACUCAUGCAAGGUAUUAUUGCUAUUAGAUCGGAUUUAAAAAGUGCUCUUUCAGAGUUUAGCCGCGAUCUGGAUUCAAAGUUGGAAAAAAUUAACGGAAAUAUUUAUAAUACAAGAACAGAUCUCGAUUCUUGUAAGACGGAAAUGAGAAAAGAAAUAAAUCAGUUACGUUUAGAGAAUUCUACAUUGAAAACGCAAACUUCGGUAUUGUCUAGUGAAGUUGAAAACUUGCAACAGUCCUUACAGUUUUCAGACGCCGAGCAUUCUAAUCUCAAGAAGCGUUUCGAUGAAAUUACCACUGUAUCCCAUGCUACUAAUAAAAAAAAUGCCAUAUUGUUGCUAGAGGAAAAAAUUGACAGUAUAGAUCAACAAGCAAGACAGUUUAAUUUAGAGAUUUCUAAUGUUCCUGAAAAGAAUGGUGAGAAUCUUCUUUCUCUUCUUAUUGGAGACCAUUGGCAAAAUAGUUAA